CGCUGUUGGCUUCUUUAAUACAGCCGGGUUGGAAAAGAAAGGCGUGCCACCAGAUAUGGAGCUACACAUGGUCAGCUUCGGAAUGGGAUCCAUAGAUGAAGAUUUUACAUAUAAUUGGCUGGGACUCGAUAGAAAGUUUAUCAAGGACGCCAACUAUGCCGCCCAAGAGAAUCGUCCUCUUUUCUCGUGGAUACCAUCUUUGUUGCAACCUAAAAGUGUCGGUGAUAUUCGCCUGAGAACCAGCGACCCGCUAGAUUAUCCGCUCAUAGAUCCACGCUACUACGAGAACGAAGAAGACGUUAAAACGAUGGUGGCAGGGAUCAAGAUAGCGAUGAAAAUAUCAGAGACCGCUGCAUUCAAGGCUAUCGGGGCAGAAAUAAAUCCACACAAUUUGAACCUGCCAGGAUGCACGCAAUACGGCAAAGGUGACGAAUAUCUGUAGUGCGUUGCGCGCACCCUAUCCUCGACAACUCGCCAUCAGACGGGAACCUGUAAGAUGGGCGCCAGUACCGAUCCGUCUGCCGUCGUUGAUCCGCAGCUGAGGGUGCGUGGAGUAGAAGGACUGAGGGUCGUGGAUGCCUCUAUCAUGCCGGAAAUCGUGGCUGGAAACACGAUGUCAUCAUGAUCGC